CUCAUAUAUAAUUUAUUUAUUAUAUGUCUUAAGAGAAUUAGACAGAAAAAUAAGAAAUUCCUUAAUAAGGCUUAGAUGAACAAAUGAAAAUGCUUUAAAUUGAUACAUAAAAUCAAUAAGAAUAAUAAGUGACAGAGAAUAUUUAAGAAAAAGUAGAGAAUAAAGAAAAGUAGGAAAUAGAGGAAAAAUAAGGAAAAUAAGAUAAAUAAGACAUAGAAGAGAAGGAUGACAAAUAAGAAAAAUAACAAGCUUCUUAAAUUCCAUAAAAUAUUAUUUAGACAGAACCUGAAUAAGAGAGUUUAUAAAAUGAUAAAGAGAACGAAGAAAACUAAGUAAAAGAUUAGGAAUAAAGAUAAUAAUUGAAUGAUAAAGCUCCAGAAACAAAUUCAUAAAAUAUGGAGAAUUUGUUCUUAAAACCAGAUUAUAGUUUCCCAGUACUAUAGUAUUCUAUAUUUUAGAUUGAAAUAAAAGUAUGUGAUCCUGUAUAAAAAGGAGGAAGUUUAUCUAAUUAUAUAGUUUAUACAAUAAAGGGGAAAGAUUGUUUUGGACAAUUUGAGACAUAAAGAAGAUUUAAUGAAUUCUUCACAAUUAGGGAAUUACUUUUAGCGAAAUGGCCUGGAUAAUAUGUACCACCAAUUCCAGAAAAGUCUGUGAAUGCAGGAUCAGAGAUAAUUGUAGAAAGGAUUAGAUUACUUAAUAUAUUUUGUAUGAAGAUUAUGUAGAUUAAGCAUCUUUAUUAUUCUGAAGAAUUUUAUGAAAUAUUUUUAAGAUCAACUAAUCCUGAUAUUAACAAAGUAUUUUGAUUCAUAUUAAUUAAUUUUUUAGUAAAUAGCAUAGAUUCCAAAAUAAAAUGUAUUUGCUUAUACAGAGAGAUAUAAAUAAGCAUUUUAAAUUAAUGAAAUCAAAGAAAUAUCUCCUGAAAUGAUUAAAAAGAUGAGUGGAGUUCAAUCAUUUUUAAAAUUAUCAUAAAAUUCUUUAACAAAAUUAUUAGAUUAAGCAAAAUCGUUGAGUUCUAGUAGAAAAUAGUUGAAAGAAACAUUUUUUACAAUUUUUGGAUUAAAUAUUGCUGAAUAUGAAAAAUAGGUUCUGUAAGAAUGUGUACCAUAAAAUAAAUUAAUUUUUACUAAUACUGUAAAUGCAGAAAUAUUAGAAUUAGCUAAAAAAAUUGUAUUAUUAAUAACUUAAUAUAGAGGGAACCAAACAGCAAUUCUCUUGAUAAAAUUUAAGAUUUAAUAUCUACAGAAUAAAGAGAUAUUGAAGCAUUUUUAUAGGCUUUCUAAACUAGAGACUCCUUAAUGUAAUCAAAAUAAAAAGCAGAAUAAAAGUUAAAUGAAGAAUAAUCAGAUUUAUAUAAAAUUAUGAAAGGUAAUUCAACAAUGAAAGGUUCUUUUAGUAAAUUAAGUUUAGAUGAAUAAAAAUAAAAAUUAGAACUUUAAUUAAAUGAAGUAAUUAUUAUUAUAUUCUUGAUAGACUCAGAAGGAGGUAGAUUAAUAUAAAUUAUUAUUUUAAUUGGUAACUGAUGUUUUAACUUCAUAUUCAAUAGAUAAAUUUAAGAAAGACAAACACUAAACAUAUAAAACUAUUUUAGCUGAUUUAGCUUAAUGUGAAUAGUAAUAUUUAGAAAUCUAAUAGUAAUUUUGGUCUAAAGUAGAAGAGGCAAUUAAAUAAAAUAUAGAACCUUGA